GUUGAAUUGUCAUCUCCACUUUUAGGGGAUAGAAAUGAAAAAAACAAAUUGGAAAGGACUGAAAAAAUGUGUUAUAUCGUAGGACUGUCGAUUAAAAAAUCAGGAUGGAGAGGUUAAAAAAUAAUAUAAAAAUAGAGAUUUUUUCACUUUCGGAUAAUGAGGUAUAUAUAUUUUGAGGGAUUUCACUUGGUAGUACAGAAAGAUUGAACAUUGUUUUGCCCUCCUCUUAAGACAAAGGACAGCCAUGGAAGCAACUCUUCUCAACUAUCAUCACUUCAGUCCACGACUUUUCUUGAAAAAGCCCGUAAAACUUAAAGGUGGUCUGGCAUGUGAUUUCUUAUUUUUUAAUCCACUUUGUGUGAAGACUUCUGCUUCUUUCAAGUUAAGUUUAGUAGAAUCCAGCCAAAGGGAUGUUGUGCUGGUCAAUAGACCUUUUCUGGUGAAAGCAAGGAAUAAAUUUUCAGUCAAUUCUUCAGAUUGGCUCCAAAGUGACUAUAUGAAUGUUGAGGCCACAGCUGUGCAACCUCUGAACCUUGAAGUUGUUCCACCAAGAUUGAAUGGUGGGCCAGACGUUCCUAGUUCAUGUGAUAACAACAACCAUGAGAAUUCACAUUCAAACCAUAAAAUGUUUAAAAAUAGGUUCCUGAAUUUUGUACGCUUAAGUUCCGUCCUCAACAAUGCUGCAGAAUCAUUUUUUAAGAGUGAGAUUCGACGAAGAUUAUUUGUGACUGCUGUUCUACUUAUAAUGAGCCGGGUUGGAUAUUUCAUUCCUCUGCCUGGAUUUGAUAGAAGACUGAUACCUCAAGAUUAUCUUAGCUUUGUUUCAGGAUCUGUUGAUGAACUUGGUGAUUUUGCAGCAGAACUAAAACUGUCAUUUUUUCAGCUUGGAAUUAGUCCACAGAUAAUAGCAUCAAUACUAAUGCAGGUACUCUGUCAUAUUCUUCCAUCCUUGGUGAAGCUGCGGAAGGAAGGCUUAGAUGGCCAUGAGAAGAUUAAGAGUUAUAUAUGGUGGAUGUCACUAGGCUUUGCAAUAUUGGAAGCUCUUAUAGUUGCUUGUUUUUCACUUCCAUAUUCAAUUUAUGCUGCCAGCUACAGGGUCAAGCAUGUGAUGGUGACAGCAUUUUUGUUAGUUUGUGGUGCAAUGACUAUGACAUGGAUCUGUGAUACAAUAACAGAGUCUGGAUUUGGCCAAGGAUCAUCUCUGAUUAUAUGUGUGGGGAUAUUGACGGGCUAUACGGACACAUUGUACAAGAUGCUGUCUCAGCUCUCAGGAAGUGCUGUGAGUUGGUGGCCAUAUGUGCUUGCAGUGCUGGGAGUUUUUACCAUAGUUACCAUGUGGGCAGUUGUUGUAACGGAAGGGUGCAGGAAAAUAAAACUGCAGUACUAUGGAUUUAAACUUGCUUCUGCUUCAAGAGAAGGUUCUCCGAUUACGGAAGUGGAGCCUUACAUUCCUUUUAACAUUAAUCCGUCUGGAAUGCAGCCUGUUCUCACAACAACUUAUCUCUUGGCAUUUCCCAGCAUUCUAGCAGGUAUUCUUGGUUCACCAUUUUGGGAGCAUGUUAAGGAGAUUUUGAACCCUGACAAUUCUGUUGGCGCACCACCUUGGGUUUACUAUUCAAUAUAUGCUUUCUGUGUUUUUUUGUUCAAUAUAUUUGACAUUGCGAACUUGCCUAAGGAAAUUGCAGAUUACUUAAACAAGAUGGGUGCCAGGAUACCAAAUGUAAAGCCUGGCAAAGCCACCAUUGAGUACCUCACAAAGAUUCAGGCGUCAACACGAUUUUGGGGGGGUCUGUUAUUAAGUAUUUUGGCAACUACAUCAACCAUACUUGAUCACUAUUUACGCCGUAUCAAUGAAGGUUUUGCCAUUGGGUUUACUUCCAUUUUAAUAAUUGUGGGUUCAAUCAUUGAACUUAGAAGAUCCUAUCAAGCAUAUAACGUUAUGCCAAGUUUAAGCAAAGCUUUGAAGCGCUACGGAUUAUGAUUUCUGAAGAAGCAAGCCUCUUCCAUUUUGAAGAUUCCCCAAAUGGUGCUGUUCAUGGAGAUUGAUUUGUGAAGGAAUUACGUUCUAGAAUGACUGCAGAUCCACCCAAUAUUGCUCACAGUCUAGUGCAAAAGAACUUUCGGUUUAAAGGAGCUGGAGCCAUUGCAAUUUUAAAAAUGUUAAAGGUCGAUGGGUUAUUGUUUUCUUAUUCAAUACAAAUUUUGGUGUGGAGUGCACACUGUAAGAUGACAAGGCUCCUCUGUUCACGUUGACUUUCAUUGUGUAAUGAUAAUUAUUCUGGUAAUUUUCUACCA